AUGUCGUUCCUCGGCAACUUUGACGUCGCUAAGCUGGCCUCGCAGCUGGGCAAUUUCAGCAUCCCGGAUGACCCUGAGAUCAUCAAUCAAGGCCACAGAGACUACGGCUACACCAACCACGGCACCCGCGGCGACGGCUACGACGGCCGCCCGCCCUCGGGCUACGCCGGCGGCCCCCAGAACGGCGCAGACAAGUACAGGCGUGAGCACCCCGCUGCCUUCGGCUCCAGCGACCCGGCACGCUCCGCCUACUCCGACCCGGUAUCCGAAGGCGCCGCCAUGUCGUCGCUGGCGGCGGGCGUAGCAGCGGGAGCUGCAGCCGGCGCCUACGGGUCGCAGCCCCAGUACCCGAUGCCGCACCCCGGGCGGUACGGAGACCCUGGCGAGACGCCGAGUCCCUAUCCGCCGCAGCAGCAGCAGGCUUACGGCCGACCCCCAUCGCCGGGGUACGAACGACCUCCGUCACCGCGCCUACCAGAGGGUUGGGUGAAGCGGUUUGACGACAACACCAGACGUUGGUAUUACGUUAACCAGGCGACUGGUAGUUCUCAGUGGGAGGCGCCUGCUGCGCCUUCGCCCCCGCCGAUGUCGCCAGGAUAUGGAGGACAUGGGGAGCCGGCGAGGUACGGUGGCCACUCACCGCAGCCGGGAUACUCGCCUCAGCCUGGGUACGGGGUCCAUUCGCCUCAACCAGGAUACGGAGGACACUCUCCCCAGCCGGGAUACGGAGAGUACGCCGGCGCAGCUGCCGGGGCUGGGGCGGGAUAUUACGCUAGUCAGCAAUAUGGGCAGAGUCAGCAGCAUGGCUACGAGCAGUCUCAGCCUUACGGCCAACCCCAUGGGCAACCGUACGGCCAGUCUUAUCCGCAGCAACAGUACGGCCAGCCCUCUGAACAGGGCUACAGUGGCGAGGAGAAGAAGAAAAAAAAGAAGAAGAGCGGCAAUGGCAACAUGCUACUCGGCGUGGCGGGCGGUCUUGCGGUUGGCGCCAUAGGAGGCGCCCUCAUCGCCAACGUGUUGGAAUCUGGCUCCGAUUCCGGCUCUGAGCGCGAACACCACUACGAGCGCCGUUCAUCCUCUGGAUCCGAGGACGACUACCGCCAGGGCGACUUGGCGUACGAACGCGAUGACAGCGACCGGGAGGCGAGGGAGGAGUACGAGGAGGAACAGGAUGAGUAUUAUGAUGACUGA